UCAGUGUGUAAGGAGGCAAUGAAUGCAGAUUUUCUCUGGUAGCUGAAAGUGAAACUUAAUUUGACUGGACAAAAUGGCGCUGCAGCUGAUUCAGCUGGAUCAAGAAAAAUUGAGCUGUCCAAUCUGUCUGGAUCUCCUAAAGGAACCAGUCACUAUUCCCUGUGGGCACAGCUACUGCAUGAGCUGUAUCAAAAACUGCUGGGAUGAGAAUGAAACACACAGCUGUCCUCAGUGCAGGCAAACUUUCACACCGAGACCUGUCCUGGUGAAAAACACCAUUUUAGGUGAGUUAGUGGAGGACAUAAAGAAAGCAGAACAUUCAACAGCUUCAUCUGAUCAUACCUUUGCUGGACCUGGAGACAUGGCCUAUGAUUUCCGUUCUGGGAGGAAACAAAAAGCCUCCAAGUCCUUCCUGAUGUGUAGGGCCUCUUAUUGUGAGCAGCACCUCCAGCCUCACUACAACAUAGCUCCAAUAAAGAAACACAAACUCAUCGAUGCUACUUCAAAGCUUCAGGACAACAUCUGCCCUGAUGUUGAGGUGAUGAAGAUCUUCUGCUGCACUGAUCAACGGUGUAUCUGUUAUCUCUGCUCAAUGAAUGAACACAAAAAUCAUGUCACAGUGCCAGCUGCAGCCGAAAGAGCUGAGAAACAGAAAGAGCUUGAAACAAAUCUGCAAAAUGUCCAACAGAGAAUCCAGAAAAUAGAGAAAGAUGUGAAGGUGCUUCAAGAGCAAGUUGAGGCUAUGAAUCUUUCUGCUGAUAAAGCUUUCAGAGAAUGUGAUAAGGCUUUCAAAAAUUUGAUCAGUCUCAUUGAGAAAGAAAAGCUCUGA